AUGCUCCCGUCUGAGCACCUGCAAGAAUCGAAUCCUUCGCUUAACAAUGGCUCGCGGCAAGAAAAAGGAGGUCGCCGCGGCGGCGACUCGGACUCGGACGAUGCUACGGCAGCGCCUCCUGCGGGAGCAGAUGAAGGCGACAAGAAGACGGCGCGCAAGGAGAAGCUGAAGGCCCGCAAGGCGCAGCGUCAGGUGGCCAAAGUCCAAGAAGAGCAGACGAGCGAAGGCCAAAUGUCGGACGAUGAACCGAAGGACCGGAACGAGGACGAGGCGGAUGUGUACGCGCAAGUGGCGGCUGGCACGAGAAAGAAGAAGAGCAAAAAGAAGGACAAGAAGAAGGCUGUGGACUUUGCUGCGUUGAUGGACGGCAGUGGAAGUGAAGAAGAGGAAGACGGGGAGGACGAGGAGAAGGAGGAGCUGAAGAAGGAGAUGGAGGAGGAGGAGAAAAAAGGGAACGAGGAAGAGGUGAAGAAGGAGAUGGAAGUCGAGAAGAAGAAGAACAAGGAGGAGACGGAGAUCGAGAAGAAGAAAAAGAAGAAGAAAAUGAUCUCGACGGACCUGUUUUUCGAUCCGGUGGACCAGUUGGAGAAAGAUGGCAAGGACGACAAGAAAGAGAAGAAGGAGAAGAAAAAGAAGAGCAAAAAGACGAAGCUCCCGUUUGAGGCAAAUGAUGACGACGAAGAGGACGAGAAUAGAGAUGGAGAGGCGUCGGGCAGGAACGAAAAGAUGAACAAGAAGGAGAAAGAAGGCAAGCGUCUGAGCAAUAAGGAGCGCAAGCGGAUCAAAGAAGAGCAAGAGCGACAAGAGCGUCAAGACGAAUACCAUCGUGCUGCUAACCCCAUGGAUGGGGCACAGUUUUCUGUGUCUCAACAGGCCUUUACAGAGGACUCGAACUGGGAGAAUGCGACCGACAUUCAUAUCGAUAACUUUAGCAUCAACGCGCACAACAAGCUGCUGUACGAUAACGCGUCGCUGCACAUUAAUGCUGGCGGCAAGUACGGGCUUGUGGGUCCGAACGGCCAGGGCAAGACUACCAUUCUGAAGAUGAUUGCACUGGGAGAGCUUAAGAUUCCGCCCAAGAUCGACUGUCUCUACGUCGAGCAGGAGGUUGUAGCUGAUGACACGCGAGCUGUGGACGCUGUGCUGAAGGCUGAUGCUGAGCGCUGGGCGCUAUUGGAAGAGGAGAAGCGCCUCUUGGCGGAGCUGGAAACAAAGCAGGAUUCGGCUCUCGAUGAUCGGCUAAACGAAGUGUACGAGCAACUGUCACACAUGAACGCCUCUGCUGCCGAGGCCCGUGCGCGCCGUAUCUUGUUCGGUCUCGGUUUCGACUCGGUCAUGCAAGAGAAGGUCACGAAGGACUUUUCCGGCGGCUGGCGGAUGCGCAUUUCGUUAGCCAAAGCUCUGUACGUGGAGCCGACGCUUCUGAUGCUUGACGAGCCGACAAACCACUUGGAUUUGAACGCUGUCAUUUGGCUUGACGACUAUUUGCAAAAGUGGAAGAAGACGCUGCUUGUGGUAUCCCACGAUGCCGACUUUUUGAACAGCGUGUGCACGGAGGUGUUGCACUUGGAGAGCAAGAAGAUUGUGCACUACAAGGGUAACUACGACAUGUUCCGUGAGAUGGAGAAGCAGAAGCGAAAGCAGAUGGAGAAAGCCUGGGAGAAGCAACAGAAGCAGCUGCGCAAUUUGAAAGCAUCGGGCAAGUCGUCGAAGAAGGCUACUGAGAUUGUGAAAAAGAAACGCGAACCUGGUGCUCGUGCGUCGAAAAAAGCGCUCACAACUGACGAUGCUUCGGUUGCGUCAGCGCCUAUGGAUCUUUUGGAGCGGCCAAAAGAGUACAUUGUGCAGUUCAGCUUUCCGGAGACAACGAUUGUUUCGCCGCCUGUUCUUGAAGUGCGAGAGGCUAGUUUUCGCUACGACGACGGCCCGUAUUUGUUCAAGAACACGGACUUUGGUAUCGACACGACGUCGCGAGUGUGCAUCGUAGGCCCCAACGGUGUGGGUAAGAGUACGCUGCUGAAGAUGAUCACGGGCGAGGUGAUCGUGACUGAAGGCGAGGUGCGUCGCAACCCGCGUGUGCGACUUGGCAUCUACAGCCAGCACUUUGUCGACAAAUUGCCCAUGGGCGAGACGCCCGUGGAGUACCUGCGUCGGCUGUUCCAAGACCAGUCGUACCAGCAGGUGCGUAACUUGCUUGGCAAGGUUGGUCUUGAGGGUCACGCGCACGAGAUCAAGAAUCGUCUACUGUCUGGCGGUCAGAAGGCGCGUGUGGUGAUUGCCGAGCUCAUCCUGAUGCGGCCGCACAUUUUGAUUCUGGACGAGCCGACGAACAACUUGGACAUCGAGUCCAUUGAUGCCCUGUGCGACGCCAUCCGCGAGUAUGAGGGAGGCGUGGUGAUUGUGACGCACGACGCGCGUCUGAUUGAAUCGACCGAGUGCGUGUUGUGGGUCUGCGGCGACCAGGACGUGGUGGUGUACGACGGCACGUUCGAGGAUUACAAGCAGUCGAUCUUGGACGAUCUGCACAAGCAGGCGCAGGCCGAGGAGGACCGUAUUGCGGAGAAUGCUGUCAAGAAAGCCGAAGCGCGUGCGCACAAGGCGAAGCGUUCGACGGGCGAGGCCGCGGCGUGA